AUGGUGAAGCCUGUGACUCUAGCAUUUGAACAUUCAGGCUGUCGACACUGCCUGGUGAAACUCAUAGACAUUGAAACUGUCCCCAAAUGCCCACUUUGCAAGGCUCCCAUCGGAAUAGGUACUCUUCACGUCAACAUUGCACUCAACGACAUCAUAGGAAAGUUUGAUGUCAAGUGUGAAAGUAGUGGUUGUCUAUGACAGGGACGUUUCACGAGCACAAGCAACACUUAAAAGGAUAUGGAAAGUUCACAAUCCAGUGUGCAAAUGAAGGGUGUGGAGAGGUGGUGGCAAGGGAGGGGAUGGCAGCAUACAUUUCCUAAUAUGCAAAGCACAAGGUCCCUUGCCAGGAAUGCGGUAGGAAAGUAACAAGGGAAUGUUUAGAGGAGCAGGCUGCUUCCCUUUGUUCUAAUAAGAGAAUAGUAUGUCCACUAGGCUGCGGAACAAGCCUUCUACGGCAAGCUAAUGUCAAUUUAAUUAUGCAAUCAAAUGUAAAAUGGUCAUCUAGGCCA